AAAAAUCCAUAUUCUUCUCCUUCUUCUCCCUCCGCGUCGCAUUCGCAUCACCCCCCCGAAACCCUAGACCCACCACCACCACCACCAUCCCCGAGCUCGCGGAGAGGCAGCGAGAGCGAGAGGUAGCUGCUAGUAGGCGUCGGGCGAGGAGAUGUACGCGGACCAGAUCUCCACCGGCCGGAAGCGCUCCAUCCACGACCGCAUCGACGGCGACCAGCCCGCCGCCCGCGCUGGCGCCGGCGCCGGCGGCCGGGGGGCCCGUAACCCGCCGUCCAAGAGGCAACGGCAAACUGAUGAAAAAUGGAAGCAUGAUCUUUACCGGGAAGACGAUGAACCAGCUUCAAAAUCAAUUGAUCCACGGGAUUUGCGAUUGAAGCUUCAGAAGAAAAGCUCUCAGCAAAGCUUUGCUGGCCAAAGGGGUUCUGGUGUACGUGAUCUACGUGAGAUGCUUUCUGGAACAAUGCACCCACAGCCAGUCAAUGCGGACCCUCCAAAGGCAAAGCCAUCAUCAGAGAUCGUGAAAGUCACAAGGCGUGAAAAUGCAGAUGUAAUGCCUGUACGUCAAAGUAAGAAAGUACCAAAACCGACGUCAUCGAAGAAGACAUCUCAGCCGAAGGCUGACAGUCCACUUGAUAUUUUCCUGAAAUCUCUUGGACUUGAGAAGUACUCGAUUACCUUCCAGGCAGAAGAGGUUGACAUGGCAGCCCUAAGACACAUGACUGACAGUGAUCUUAAAGCUUUGGGCAUUCCGAUGGGUCCCCGGAAGAAGAUCAUGCUUGCCUUGGAAUCGAGAGCGUAGGGAGGGCUGGCGUGUAAUGUAGAAAGGCUGGGCGAUUAGGAAUUGUAUGCUCCUCUGCUUGCUUGGUAAACCCAAAGUGUCCGCAUGUCCUGGAUACGGCGCAAGAACAAAAGCGCUGGGCGUCUUGUAAUGCGUCUUCUGACUAGUUGAGCAUUCCGCAUUCUCAGCCAGUUUAGGAUGUUUUAGAGGCUGGAUGAAGGUUGACAAUGUAAUAUUAUUAGUCUCCUGUUAAUUUUUAUCUGGUCGGCUUGCUUGUCAGGACUCAGGACCAGCUGAUUAAUCAAAUUGUUCAUGCGGUACACAGUAUUGGAGCUGUGCCGAUGUUCUUGGGGUUGCUUUGCUGCUGUAUACGAUUAUUAUUCCAUUGUUGUCUUCUCUCCAUCGGAGGGAGGGGGAUGACACAUUUCAAACUACCUGAAUUUUGGUUUAUUAUUAUUAUAUACAAAUUUGCGAUCUCC